UGGAGCUAGAAGGUAGAACUUCCACCCUGGUUUCAACGUUACCGGCGGCGGCCUCAAACUUCACGACACCGCAGCUUAGCUACCUUCCAAAUUCCUCUCUCUCUCUCUCUCUCCUUGCAAGCCGCAACUACACCUUCAUCUCUCUCCACCACCAUGCCGGAAAUGAAUCCACCCAAACAGUUCUGCUCCAUCAUCCUUUUCCUCCCCUUCAUAAUCUUCCUCCCACCAUUCGUUCUCUCACAGAACUCCAGUUCCACCAGCUGCCCUCUCGACUUCUCCGUCGCCAAGCCCUACAUCUCGGCAGCCUCCUCCUCCCCUCCCUCCGACCUCUGCGGUUUCUCUCUCCAAAUCCUCCAUCUCGUCGAAUCUCACUAUCUCCUCUCCUCCAAUCUCUUCGUCCCACCUUCUUCCUCAGCCUCCUCCUGUUGGUCCCAUCUCUCCUCCCUCCUCUCCCAUUUCUCAAUCUCCCUUCCUUCCUCCUGCAACUUUUCCGUCCCCUCCAUCUCUCUCCCCUGCAUGAACCUCACCUCCCGCGCCGCCUUCACUGCCUUCCUCCCUUCCAAAGCUCUGACCGAUCUCAACUCUUCCUGCGACAGGCCCCUCUCUUCUUCCUCCUUCUGUACCUCCUGUACUACAACCAUCAACCGUGUCAAGACCUCUUAUCUCGUUGGGCCGGAUAUCUCCAAUGUCACUGAUUGCUCCGAUUACCUCUUCAUCUAUGCCGCGGCAGCUGCAAAUCGUUUCGGGCCGGGUGAUUCCUCCACUGCUUAUUGUCUCUUUCUUCUUCAGAUUCCUUCAUCUUCAUCGUCUUCCGGUGGAGGUGCCGCUUUAGCGGCCGGAAUCGCCGCAGCUGCGGCUGCCCUACUUGCCAUCGCAGCAUUUAUGGCGUGGUAUUUAAUCCACCGGCGACGGAGGAGGCGGAAAAGGUGGAGCCGGACUCCUGCGAGAUCCGAUCCGCUAAUCGGCAGCAGCACGACGCUAACCAAGUUUAGCUUAGAGGAGAUUCGCGAGGCAACUGGAAAUUUCUCUACAGAGAAUAUAAUUGGGAUGGGAGGAUAUGGAAAUGUAUACAAAGGCGUUCUCAAGGAUGGGACGAAGGUUGCCAUCAAGCGUUUUAAAAACUGCUCCGCUGCAGGGGAUGCGAGCUUUGUGCAUGAGGUGGAGGUGAUUGCAAGCGUUCGUCAUGUAAAUCUGGUGGGUCUUAGAGGAUACUGCACGGCGACUACACCAAUGGAGGGCCAUCAGAGGAUCAUUGUCUGCGAUCUGAUUGCCAACGGUAGUCUUCAUGAUCAUCUUUUUGGCUACGAAGAGAUGAGAUUAAGCUGGCCGGCGAGGCAGAGAAUCGCGUUGGGGAUGGCGAGGGGGUUGGCUUACCUGCAUUCUAGUGCACGGCCGGCAAUCAUUCACAGAGACAUAAAGGCAAGUAAUAUUCUACUUGAUGAGAGAUUUGAAGCUAAGGUAGCGGAUUUCGGUCUGGCUAAGUUUACGCCUGAAGGUAGCUCUCAUGUGAGCACUAGAGUUGCAGGGACUUUGGGUUAUAUUGCUCCUGAAUAUGCUCUUUUUGGGCAGUUAACUGAGAAAAGUGAUGUUUUUAGCUAUGGAGUUGUGAUGCUUGAACUUUUGAGUGGGAAGAAGGCCUUCAAGAGCAGAGAGGAUGGGCAGAACUGGCUUGUGAGUGACUGGGCAUGGUCUCUGGUUAGAGAAGGGAAGACAUUGGAGGUAAUUGAGGAAGGUAUGGAGGAGCUGGGGCCAAAGGAGUUAUUGGAGAGGUAUGUGCUUGUUGCAGUGCUUUGUUCUCAUCCGCAGCUGCACGCAAGGCCAACUAUGGAUCAGGUUGUGAAGAUUUUGGAUAGUGAUUCGACGGUGCCACCGAUUCCUGAUCGGCCUAUAUCUAUCAUAGCAAACAAGGAGGAUAUUGAGAGAUCAAUGAGCAGCACCAGCUCAAGCCAGCUAUUCUCUCCUUCUGGAUAUAAUCACUAUAUCCAGACAAGGGAUGAAACUCCUCACCAAGGUUCUGAGUUUUUGUGAUGCUUGCUUUCUUUGUUUUGGCUUCAUUACGGGGAUCAUAUUCUCAGGGCUUGAGGAUCUACCGGUAAGUGGCCAUUCUUUGUGAAUAUUUUUGGAUCAUAAAUGUAUGAUAAUUCCUCCUAAUUGUAGUUAGUUUAUAUUUAAUGUCUCAUGCGGUUUUGUUUUAGCUCCAAUGCAGAUUACAUUUGUUCAGUUUGUAUCUAUAUUCCUCAACUGGUUGAGGCUCUAAGU